AGUCUUCCAAUAUUUCAAUUGUAAAAAAUUUAAAAAUGUUUCGUACACGCGGCGAAGUACGCAAUAUAUUUUCGCCAAUAGUUCGUCAUAUGUCUGAAUAUCCUGGCGGAGUUCCAGGAUUGAACAUGCCCUUUCGUAAAGGAAUGGAUAGCCCCUUGCGGUUCACUAUCUUUUGGACGAUCCUUGGAACUAUAGGAUUUGGGGCUCCUUGUCUGGUUCUGCGGCAUCAAAUGCUGCGUAAUGCCUCGGAUCCGCCACCUCCCGAAAGUGAGACGUAAUAUUAGAAUAGAAGGAUUUAAGUUCACAGCACACUAUAAUUGUUUUUAAGGUUGGUGAAUAAACACUUAACACGAAACCUGGGCUCCACGACACAAUAAAUGUAAUAACUCUUAAUAAAUGCCAUGGAAACUUGGGCUCACUCUC